UUGAAAUAAACAUUUUCAGUGUUUCAUUACUUUAUAAAUGUCUUUAUCGACACUUUUAAUUUAAUGCAUCCUUGCUGAAUAAAAGUAUUCAUUUCUUAAAAUAUCUUACUGACCCCAAACAUCUGAACAGUAGUAUACAUAACACUGUGUUGUUUUAUACACUUUUUGUGUCAUGAGAUUAUGCACUAAAACACCUGACCCUUAAGGAAGAUUGUUGGUCAGUUCCCAAAGGGUAGGAAAGGUACUGUAUAAUAAAUCAGUAGAAAAUUGUUUUGCUAUUAUUGCACAUAGGCUCUUAAGGUUUUCUCAGUCCAAGUACAGACAUUCUUUAACCAAGAUAUAUUUAAUAUUCAGACUUUAUGUUUUCUGGUUCUCAGUGUGUGCUUGAGUAUGACUAAUCUUAAAUAUGUGCACUUGGGUUGUCUGUUAGGAUUAGUACUGAAUAAGAUUGUAUUUGAACUGAGGGUGUGUCAGUGUCAUGAAUUAUUAUUCACUGCUGAACAGAACAAGUGUCAGAUUUCACUUUGUGCUGAUUUAUAUUUACACUCCUCAUGUAAACUCUUUUUGGUUGCCGUGUAGUUGCUCUGUUGUCUUGUUGUGCUUAUAUAAGUGGAGAGGGCUGUGAUUACCCCCGAGAGAGUAUCAUUUAUACAAUGUAUAAUACAAACUAUUUACUUGAAUAAGAAAUUAUUUCUGUACUCAAUUUAAAUUUAAUAAUAAAGAUUAAAGCAGACAAAUGCUCUGAUUUAUUUUUUAUUUUUUUGCUAUCAAUAAGCAAUUAUGCAGUUAUUAACAAUAAGCAAUUAUGGUUUGGCUUAUCUUGGCUAGAUAAACCCAUCUUAAUUUUUCUGGUUAAUGUUUGCAGAAAAGUCCAAUAUUAUUGGUCAUUCCACAAAUUCGUUUAAAAAAAAUAGAAAACACAUUCCAUCAGACAAAGAAUGUAUUAAAUGUAUUUAAGUGUUAAUAAAUUGCAUUCUGUUAUUUCAGGCUAUAUGUAUAUGUAUAGCUAUUUACCUUGAAAAGUUUUCUCUUAAAAAGAGAAUUAAAAAAAAGAAGUAUAUUUCUAUAUAUGUGUUUAGAAAAUGCCUAUAAUGAUAGUAAAUGUUGGUCAGCUUUUUCAUUGUUAAAAUCCUUGUUUACACAUGCUCACGAGUGAAACAAAGGGCUGCACAUAUAUGAAAUCGCCCAUAUUAUGAUUGAUAGAUCCGCUAAACAGCGCUCUCUGCUGGCCACUCGAAGAACUUGCGCCAAACAGCGUUCACAGCUGGUGAGCCGACGUAGCGUGCAACGUCAUGAUCGCACAACAUACAGUAGCAAUAUGAGAUAAAAACGUUUUUUUUUUAUGCACACUACCUCGUUUUAAGCUAACUAUGCGGUUAUUAAAUGUAUUUUCUAAAUCGUUUCUCAUUAUUCGCAAUCGUAAUGGAACUGAAAACCGCCCACAAGUGUGAAAGUGAACCCAAAACUGAGCUUGGGACAAAAUGCAACGCGAGAAGCUAAUGAUGACCUCAGAGGCUCACCCCAUCUAUAGAACCGUAGCAGUGCAUUUCUGCCUGUUGUGCUGUGAUCUUGGCAUCUGGGCUUGUGUGUGGACGGCCCUGCUGUGGUUGGAUGGAGAGGGCAGUCUGGAUCUAUGGGGCCUGUGGGCUCUCAGGGCCAUCAGCUGUGUUGUGCUUUAUUCAUUGAGCACAAUUUUUGCUGACGGAAGCGUUCAGCUUCUCCUGAAGCGCUGGGUUGUCCUACUGAGCUUCCUACCUCCAGUGUUUGACAGUAUGCAGACAAUGCUGCACGGUACCAUGAGAGGCUUCACUCCUGUUCCUGAUCCUGGCAUGGUGAUCCUGAGCUUAGCUACAUCUACCCUCAUAUAUAUGGUGUGGGAGAUGGCCUUCCCACAUGGUGGACCAUCUAAGGGUACCAGAAACCAGAAGAAAGAUGAAGAGGCCAAAGCACUCCUAAUGAGGGUCAUUCGAUACUCCAAGCCUGACUAUCUUCAUCUAGGGGCUGCGUUCCUCUUCCUCAGCCUGGCAGCACUGUUUGAGACAUUCAUCCCAUACUGCAUUGGCAAAGUUGUUGACAUAUUGAGUGGAAAGUACCAGCACACCAAUUUCUCAUGGGCUAUUGGACUCAUGGCACUGUGCUCACUUGGAAGUUCUAUGUUCAGUGGUAUGCGCGGCGGGAUGUUCAUGUGUAGCCUCAGCAGACUCAACAAAAGAAUACGACACAUGCUGUUCCAGAACCUCAUGAAGCAGGAGAUAAGCUUCUUUGAAGAAAACAAACCAGGUAGUCUCACGUCACGCUUGACCUCUGACACUGAUAAAAUGGGUCGUUCUGUGGCCAUGAAUGUGAAUGUGUUACUGCGGAGUUUGGUGAAGACAUGUGGCAUGUUGUUCUUUAUGCUGCGCCUAUCCUGGCAGUUAACCCUCCUCACCUGCAUCGAAAUGCCACUUCUUGCUUUCAUUCAAAAUUCAUACAACAACAUCUCCCAGAAAAUAGCUAUAGAGCUUCAGGACUGUAAUGCAGAGACUACAGAGUUGGCAUCUUCUGUCAUUGGGUCGAUGAAGACUGUGCGCAGUUUUAAGGCAGAACAUCAGGAGCAGCAGCGAUAUGAACAGACUCUGAACCGGAAGCUCCAGGUUCUGAGGUGUAAAGGCAUAUACAGUGCCAUCCAUCUCUUAAUACGCAGGUUCAUUACAGUAGGCUUGAAGGUAGCAAUGCUGAUCCAAGGCCGAAAUCUCAUCUCCUCUAGACAGCUUAGCAGCGGCAGCCUCCUUUCAUUUGUGUUCUAUCAGAAGGACAUGGUGACCAACAUGAGGCAUCUUGUAUAUAUCUACGGAGACAUGCUGAAUACUGUGGGAUCAGCAGUGAAGGUGUUCCAGCUGCUUGACAGGAAGCCACAGAUGAGAGAGGCAGGUGAUUUGGCCCCAGAGAAGGUUGAGGGAAGACUAACCUUUGAAAAGGUCACCUUUUCCUACCACUCACGCCCUAACGAAAAAGCACUUAAGUCUGUUACAUUGGAAUUGAGUCCAGGGAAGCUGACGGCAUUGGUAGGACCCUCUGGUGGUGGGAAGACCUCUUGUGUCUGCUUGCUGCAGAGGUUCUAUGAGCCACAGGAGGGUGAGCUGUUACUGGAUGGAGAACCUCUGUACCAGUACCAGCACCAGUACUUGCAUAAAAAGGUGGCAAUGGUAUCCCAGGAUCCUGUGCUUUUCUCUGGCUCUGCGAGAUAUAAUAUUGAAUACGGUUUAAAGGACUGCACACUUGAAAGAGUAAAAGAAGCUGCUCGGAAAGCCAAUGCACACAACUUUAUAAGCAAACUGGAACAAGGAUAUGACACAGAUGUUGGCGAGUGUGGUGGCCAGCUGUCCGCAGGGCAGAAACAAUGCAUUGCUAUAGCCAGAGCUCUGAUAAGGAACCCACAGAUUCUCAUCUUGGACGAGGCCACCAGCCACAUGGACUGCAGCACACAACAAGCUGUUCAAGAUGUGCUCAAUAACAUAAAGGAUCAGACAGUACUGGUGAUAGCUCAUCGUUUGGAGACUGUAGAGAAAGCGGACCACAUUAUCUUCAUGGAGGGAGGUGAAGUCGUGGAGCAGGGAACACACCAGCAGCUCAUGGCCAAAGAAGGAAGAUACUAUCGGCUCAGAGAAAAGCUUUUUAAUCUGGAGACACAACCAGCGGACUAAAGUAUCAGAUAUGCGGAUAUAUUUUAAGUUUUACAAAGACUUUAGUACACACUCACAGACAUAUUGUGGGUAAAUAAUUCGUUUUGAUGAAUUGUAUGCUUCAGGACGAGUGUAGACCUUAGUUUUUUUAAAUGUUUUUUUUUUCUCCAUACCUCUUUUUAUAUAAACAGUGUUUUAUUGAUUAUGGAAUAAGUGGUGAUGAAUGGGACACACAAAAAGGAAAGUAUGGGAUUUGUAUCCUAAAAGUAAAACAGUAUGGAAUAACAACCUCUACUGUAUUAAAAAUAUAUGUUAUAAAGAACUAUGAUGGUGUUCUUCAGAGAAUGACCAGUGGAUUUGCCCUCAGCUGCAGAAAAAUACGGAACAGGAUCUCAGAGUUCUUAUUCGUCUUCAUUGUGCCACCAAGAGCUGCUUGAUUCUGAGCAUCCUGAAGCUCUUUAUAAAGAGACUGACAAUAGAAAAAAAAAAAAAUUAUAUUGUUGCAUGUGAUGUAAGCAAAACUGUCUGUUACAUGUAAAUCAACACUAAUCAGUGUAAAAGUGUAAUAAACAGAUAAACUGAUGGGAAUCAGAUCUACCUCAA